AGCAUUCUGAAUAACGGGUCCCAUACCUGUAUAUAGAUGUGUGCCAUACAAUUCAAUCAAGUCAUUCCUGAUAAAACACUUUUUUCUCCUUUUAGAUUGUAAGAUCUUUUGAACAGGGCCCUCAUAACCUCUGCUAUCAGUUAUACAGCACCGAGGAAUAUACCGGCGCUUAAUAAAUCCGUAUAAUAAAUACGACAAUAGUAAUAAUCAUACAAUUGCUAACUCCUGACCAUUAUUUGGAACAUGAUUACGGGACUUUCUUGAAUUAAUACCUUACCAUGAAGACAGAGGAUGCACCAUCGUCCUGCCGAGAACACUCUCCAUUCCUUGGCCUCGAUCACAAAAUAAAUGAAGUCUGUGCCGGUUGUGGCAACACCAUAUCAGAUCGAUUCCUGCUAAGAGUGAAUGACAGAUCGUGGCACGAGUGUUGUGUAAAGUGCGCGGCUUGCCUACAGAUUCUCUCCGGGACCUGCUACUACAGGAACCGCCAGCUUUACUGUAAGGAGGACUAUGACAAGCUUUUCGCUACAAAGUGUAACAGCUGUCUAAAAACAGUGCUGCCAUCGGAGCUCAUCAUGCGUGUCCUCAGCAACGUGUACCACGUGGCCUGCUUCUUCUGCUGUGAGUGCGAGAGGAGGCUGGAGCGGGGAGAUGAGUUUGUGCUGAAGGAGGGGCAGUUGCUGUGCCGCAGCGACUACGAGCGGGAAAAGGAAAUGCUCAGCGCAUUAAGUCUGACACCUUCUGGAUCAGUUAAAAGCGAAGAUGAGGAUGGGGCUUCCCUCCAGGGUAAAAGUGAUGAAGGUAAAGACCCUAAAAGAUCAAAGCGGCCGAGGACCAUAUUAACAACUCAGCAGCGUCGGGCUUUCAAAGCAUCGUUUGAAGUGUCGUCCAAGCCAUGCAGGAAGGUGAGGGAGACACUGGCAGCAGAAACCGGUCUGACUGUCCGAGUCGUCCAAGUUUGGUUUCAGAACCAAAGAGCCAAGAUGAAGAAGAUAGCCAGGAGGCAGCAACAGCAGGACCAUGAGCAGCUGGGAGCACAACGUCUGGGGUCCAGCCGUGGAAACCGGGGAAGCAGUAGGCAGAGCAAUGAUGAUAGUGAAGAUGGGGGCAGCGGAAUAGAAGGUGUAAUGGUGCCUUACCCCAGGAUACAUCAGCAGAUGUUGGCGUUGGAUCAAAGUAACUACAGUACAGAUCUCUACAGACAAGGUCUCACUCCUCCUCAGAUGCCUGGGGACCAUUUGCAUCCGUACGAUGCUGAAAGUGUUUUCCACGACAUGGACAGUGAGAGUCUCAGUUAUCUUAGUGGAUCUCUCCUGCCAGCCUCUGAGACCGGCAACAUACAGUCCCGCGUGGGCCCCAUCGACCGCCUUUACUCCAUGCAGACCUCUUACUUUGCUUCCUGACACUUUGCAUCCUGUUUAAAAACUUUCAGAUGGUUCAGACAGAUGCUUGAGAGGAUGAUGUAUUUUCAGAGUAAAGUAUAACAGGAGGGAAAAUGGCCACUGGCAUCAAUACUGUACUAGAUUUCCACUUGGAUGUAUCUGCACCAGAGUAAUUACCAUGCAAAUAAGACAUCCAACCAUAUCCAUGUAUUUCUCCUGGUAUUUAUAACAUGGGGAUUGCACCUCUCCUUUGUAUCACAAACAUGUUGCUCAUAUAGAAAUUAAUGUAAAGACCAUCCAAUGGAGCAUUCAGAUUUUAGGUCUCCAAGGAUGCCUGUGGUUUCCAUGUCUAUGGCAGGUUCUCAGUAUUGUAUGUGAUCCCAUUCUGCCUAACUCCACCUAUAUUUAUAUAUUGUUUUUUUUUUUACUAAACUUUAUUGUGCAUACAUAUUGUGACAGUAAGGGUAAAAUACUCCAAUACCAUCCUGUAGCUGUUGGAGAUUGAUGGAACUUGUAGCUCAAUGUCAGUGUAGGAAGCCUUGAUAUAAAGGUGCAUAACAGAGAGACUUUAUUGUUUCCUUUGGGAUUGCCAUAAUGAGUCCUUGGGCCCCCUGCUCCUGCCUUGCCUCUGACCUACCCAGCCCAUUUCAUUAUAAGCUCCUUUUUUCAGUUAUCCAGGCACCCUUAUUUUAUAGGGCCCCUGACAAGACUCUUGUCCCCCAUGACAGCAGCCAGGUCCCUCUUCAAAUAACGGCUGCACUGGGGGUCCUGAAAGAAUGGGAGCCUGUCCCUGCUUGGAGCCCUCUAAAUCACUUCUGUUGACUUUCCCACAUACUGUAUGUAAUAAAAGGCAGCACAAAAUUUGCCCAGAAGCAGUAACCCAUAGCAACCAAUAAAAUGUUUGCUUUUA